ACGGUGGGAAACGUACGGCUAGGUCAGCAUCGCCGGCCACAUUGUCAAACCAUUCGUUUUGUGGUUCAUACUUGAUGUACGGGGAAGAGUCGUCAACUGCAGGAGAUGAGUUUGAGUGCAUUAUGCCGGCACGCGAGACUGUACUCACUGGCCAAAGAAAGAAAACGGCCGGGCCUUCAAGGCUAGAGAAAGAAGAGAAAAGAGUAAAAAGGAGUCUUGAAGACCUUCAAGAGUCGUCUGACGGUGGUGGUUGGGGUUCAAGUCAGCGCGGGAAUGCGGGCGAGUUGUAUCGCAUUUCGUGGUUAUUUGCGAUUUAUUGGCGAUUGGCUUGGCGUGGAGUAUCGUGGAGGAGUCCGAGUUACGAGGCCGUCACCAUUCAGUCCUCACUGCAUAGUACUUGCCUUCCAAGAUCGAAAGUGAAAACUCCCGUAAGCCACUGCAGUAGGGGCCCCUAUUUGGCAGUGGCCACAGGGAGUUCUGAGAUCAUCACUCGAGGAAAAGUACUUGUAGAAGUAAAGUACUUUGAAAAAAGUCAUAGUGAAUCUCGGAAACACCAAUUUCCUUCUUCAAGGUCCUUGGACAAUCAGACCGCAGCAUGCACGACCAAUAUAAUCCUCCAAACCAGUGACGCCAAGAUAGCUACAGAGGCGCCAGUAAAAAAUAAAGAGUUGACCGGUCCAGACGAGUCGCUGUUCCCUGUGGGUAUAAAGGCACUCAAAGGAACUAUCAUUAGAAAACUCUUGAUUCAUCGAGGAGGACACGAGGAGCCAGGUGGAGAUGCGAUAAAAGAGAGCCGCCACUUUGGCUGGCCAAACCUAUCUCCAUCCACCUUCACCCCGACAAUGCCCGCUUCUCCGUUUCCAGCCACCUUCCUGGGCAACCCACCCGUGUGGAAACGCUCGGAAUUGACUCCAUUCCCUUUCAAAAUGGAACUGAUCCCAAUGAGCCCAGCCUACCUCUACGACCUCGAAAGGUUGGAGCAGGAAGAGGUUGAUUUGGAGAGAAACUUGUUAUGGUACCGAGUCCCAUCACUUGAGAGCGUCGUGUUCUUCAAGUGGGUACCAGCCAGCCCAGCCACCAUCAUCUCCGAUAGAGAAGACGACGACAAAGUCAAGGACGAUGGGUCAGAUGACGAGAAGGAAGAACUGUUCACACUCCAGCCUUGUAGCUACAAGGUGUCUCUCGCUUUCUACCAGAGACUUUUGUCCAGCGAUUCGAGAGAAGACUUUCAAGCGCGUUUUAUGCGGCAAAUCGGGGUUGAACAAACCCCAUUGAUGGAAGGAUCCCAGAGAGAUUUUGUGUACGAGAGUUGGCUCGAGACGGAAGACACCAAAGACGACUACCCGGUUCCCCUUCCUACACCACCUGAAGAUGAUGAUUUAGAAGGUGAAGGUUCAGAUCCCGACACAUUCGAGGUAAGCCUGCCAUCCAGUUCAAUCCUCCCGACCCCUAACAGUCAAUCUAGGCAUCCCGCUCUUCAGAAAGCCCACACACACCCAGGCCAGUUAAACGAGUAUCUUUCGAUACAAAUGUCGGUAAUGAUGAAGACGAUACCUGGGGAACAGGAUACGAAUCUGAAUCUGCGACGAGCGAGGAAAGCAUGGAUGGGGUCUGAACCGAAAGAGAGUCUCAGGACCAUUCCCACCUUACCGUGUGGUAUCAAUGGGGCAAAUGGAUUGGUAUUAGAAGGACACUUGAGGGCGUAUGUGAUGAACGGAGAAAAGCUCAAGAAUGAGGACAAAAUGACCAUUUCGAUCAUUCGUUUGUCAUCACCUCAUCCAGUGAUAAAUCGGAUGCAGAGAAGCGUGCCUCUAGCCACCAAUGAGCAGUAUUCAGAGGGGCCGAAGAAUACAGUCUCCGCGAGAAUGAGAGUCUAUCGACAUGCUCGCUAUCAUGUAGACUCCCGGAACAACUCAUCGUCAAUAACCUUCUGGUUCCAACAGAUCCGUCCCAGGAGUCAACUCGUAGAAAUGGCCAAUGCAAAGAAACAUUCGAAAUAUGCCACCGCAUCACUGACAAAGUUCUGUUCCAUAAAAUGGGCCAGGAUCAUAGAUCCAAGUUUCAUUAGCAAGUCCCGUAGUAAUGCAGAGGGCAAAGACACAGAGACUCCAGGCAUCCCUGCAACCCUUUAUACAAGGGUUGAUAUCCACCAUGAACAGUCAACUGUGUCUGAGACCGGUAUAGACAUCUGCCUCCCGAUUAUAAAAGCGAUUCUAUUAGGAGGUGCUUGUGGGGUGGGUGGAAUGAGGGUCAACAAG